UGGGUUAAAAGAAGACAGCGGGCGUUGUGUGAAAGCUUAUACCUGCCGCAGUUCUAAUGUGGUUCUAAUGUGGAUUUUGGUCAUAUAAGCAGGGCACCAGUAACUUGUAACCUAUCAAGCUCUCUGGCAUGAGGUCAAUGGAUUUGGCAUACGCCUACACGUGCUGGCGUUUUCGUAUGUUCAGGUCCGGUUGGAGGUUGGGUCCUCCAACUCUUUGCUGUAUGGCUCACUUUUGCCUUUGGAAAUUUGGAGGAGUUUGCCUUGGCUCUCUCACUCGACAGACCCAAACGGAACUUUAAAUCCUGGUUUUGGUCGUGCAUAUUAUUGGCCUGCUCUACUGGGUCAAAUUGUAUCCCCGGGAAACAGAUAUGGCUGAAACAAACAAAGUAAACUCUAAGCCUAGGCUUAACCCUGACUUUGCCCGCACAAGGUUUUCCUCUGCGAAAUGUGAGGCUCCGCUCCACGCAGGUAAUUUAGGCAAUGAUAAAAACUGCGAACAGCCAGCGGUCGAGCUCCGCACCUGCCCGGCUAGCUCAGUCGGUAGAGCAUGAGACUCUUAAUCUCAGGGUCGUGGGUUCGAGCCCCACGUUGGGCGUAUCUCUUGCCUCUGUCUCUCUUCCCAACAGCUUCUCGGGUUCCAGCGUGUAAAGCAGCGCGAUACUGGCUGGCUCGCCGGCGGUCUCUGUGGCGCUACCUGCAUCAGGAUCGUCUGUCUCUGCCGCUCUAUCCUCGUCCAAUCGCGUCGCUCGGUUUCCAUUUUGAGAUUGGACGAGAGCCAAUCGCGCCGCUCGCUCUCCAUUGUGAGAUUGGACGGGAGCCAAUCACGCCGCUUGCUCUCCAUUGUGAGAGAGCCAAUCGCGUCGCGGGAUGAGAAUGGACACAGCCACUCACCGCUCUUACAUCCAUUGUAGGAAUGACGACACUGCGCUCUUCAGAAAACUAAUAACUUCGUUAUAACUAAGCAAAAUGAGCACAAAGCCAAAGAGCCACAAGGCCAUGGGAGAUGGCGAGUGGAUGGCGAGGUUGAGGGCUUUUGCCAGCUCUGGAGUUUGGCCAUCUGGAGGAGGAAAUAGACCAUCCCCAAGGCAGCGGAAGUGGUACGACCUCUAUCAGAAGAUUGAGAAAUGCCCCAUGCAGGCCCAUGGACAGACAACCCUCUUUGGAGGGUCCAUGGCCUGCAACUGUGGAUUCCAUACCACUAAGCAGCCUGCCACUGCCGCUUCAACUUCUGCCGCUUCAACUUAUGCCGCACCUCCGCAGUCUGAAGCUUCAGACACGGCCCCUGCCCCAGCCCCACGGACAUUCCUGAGGCCCCCUCCAAGUUUGUCAAUGUUCACUAAGUCACGGUUUGGUGGGUCCCAGUUGGCUUCAAUAAAGCCAAAUUUAGUGGAUCGAAGGAGCCCCAGCCCCUCUCCUCCGCCCUCUUCAAGAACCCCCAGCCCUUCUCCUCCCGGCCCCUCUCCUCCAUCCACUAUGAGGACCCCCAGUCUAUCUCCAUCCACUAUGAGGACCCCCAGUCUAUCUCCAUUCUCUGUGAGGGGCCGCAGUCCUGCUCCAUCCUCUGUGAGGGUCCCCAGUCCUGCUCCAUCCUCUGUGAGGGUCCCCAGUCCUGCUCCAUCCUCUGUGAGGGUCCCCAGUCCUGCUCCAUCCUCUGUGAGGGUCCCCAGUCCUGCUCCAUCCUCUGUGAGGGCCCCCAGUCCUGCUCCAUCCUCUGUGAGGGUCCCCAGUCCUGCUCCAUCCUCUGUGAGGGUCCCCAGUCCUGCUCCAUCCUCUGUGAGGGCCCCCAGUCCUGCUCCAUCCACUGAGGAGCCUGGAGGAGUCCAGCCAGCCCCUGCUGGGGCCUCAGCUUCAUUCUGGUUGCCAGGUGAAAUGAGCAAGACCAUCCCUGUGCAGGACCAGCGGUGGAUUGCCAACACUUUAUUUCACUCUGGCAAGCUGCGGCCAGAUUUGAAGCUGUGGUAUGAGCCCCCUGUCCCAGCUCUCAUUUACCACCAGACACCAACUCCUGACCGGUUCUUCACCCAUCGGUUGAUGGUGUGGAUGCCCUACCACCUGUGGAAGGUGAGGGUGUCCUGCCCAGCUUGUGGCAAGAACCUGACGGGCUAUGGUGUCCACAAGAGGGCUCGGAAGGUCCUGGACAUUGACAGAUAUUACCUGAUGGUGACAGAGACACUCAGGUGCACUGUGUGUUCUCUUAACUAUCUGUCAACAAGUCAGACUGUCCGGGACCAGCUUGACCUGCCUCACCAGAAAAUGUUCCGGGUGAUCCUGACCCGCAAGUAUGCCUGUGACAUCCGUGUCAUUAGGCUGCUUAGGGACCGGACGCUGGGCAACAGUCCAGCUCGAUUGGUGAGGCAGUUAAAGGAGAACCAUGGGGAGGAAUGGCUGAAUCGGCUGGCACACUAUCUUGGGGAGUGUGCUGACUUUGUGGAUCGACCCAGCCUCUUUCCGGUGGUCUGCCAGGAGCCUCCAGAGCCUAUUGACAUCCCCACCAGUCGUUGGCUGCUGUCUGUAUAUGGCAGGGACAUCCUCUGCCGUAUAGACCAUAUCAAGGCCAGCAUCACAUCGACUUUUGGCACCAUAUUAAAGAUGGAUUCCACCAAAAAGAUCACAAAGAAGCUGGCUGGCCAUGGACGGGGGACAGCACUCUGGGUGACCUCCAUUGGAAACGAGGUCGGCCAGAUACUGACCAGUGUCCUGUCAGUGCAGGAGGGGCCAGGACUGAACAGGAUGGUGGCUGGUGUCAUGGAGCGUUACCGCCAGGCAGCCGUUCCACCCCCAGUUCUGCUGUAUGUGGACUGUGGCUGCUGCAUAAGUGAGGGGGCAACCAGCAAGCUGCAGACCAGGUUUGGGCAAUGGCCAGACCUCAACAUACGGCUGGAUAUCUGGCACUUUAUGAGAAGGCUGGCCGUGGGCUGCACCACAGACGCCCAUCCCCUCUACCCCACCUUCAUGGGAUGCCUGUCUGCCUGCAUCUUUGAGUGGGAUGCUGGGGACCUCAGCCUGUUGCGGCAGGCAAAAAGAAAACAGCUGAUGCAUGAGGGUGUGCCAGCCAUUACUGACCUCCUGGUGGACAGGAGCAUCAGUAAAAAGGACCUCAGCCUUUACUGCCGCAGGAGGACACGUGGUGAGGAGGCCACCAUACGCCUCAUUGAGAGGCUGCUGCAGGAGCUGGGAGGGGCAAAUGGGAGGGACCUUAUGGGUGUGCCACUCCUGGACGAGGUGCGCAUGGAGCACAUCUGGCGUGUGCAGAAACGCCAUGUCAAGUGCAUCCAGGACUUGCCAGGAGUGCCACUUUACACAGAAGUAGGCACCACCAAAAAGGCAGGGGUCAUCCUGACCAGGUAUCGGUGUGCCAGAGGGUCCACAUCCCUGGAGUCUUUUCAUUGCCACCUGAACAGGUUCAUUCCAGGAACCAGUGCCAAUGCACUGAAUUUCCAGCUCUACCUCCUGGAAGGCCUGAACAGGUGGAAUCAGGAUCGGGGGACUGCAGCAGUGACCAGCAAGCCAGCGUCCCUUCUCACCUACUCCGGGGAUAUGGCCCACUGCGUCAACACCAACAGCCUGAAGGUGUUUGGUCGGCCUUUUGUGCCAACUUUCAGGCCACCUGCCAAAUAUACUGGAGAGCUGCUUGGUGUUGACUACCUCCUGGAUCAGACUGGAAAGCCCCUGGUAGUGGACCCCGACUCAGAAGAAACAGAAAACAUGCUGGAGGAUGUGGAUGAAGGCGAGGAUGAAGAAGACGAGGGCUUCGGGGAAGAUGAAACACAUGAUAUUACUGUGUCAAGUCUUACCGAUGACCCAAGCUUCUCUGUCUCCUCCCAUUUUCUGCCCUCUUCUGAGUCUCUAUCCUCCACCCAGCCUGCCGCCCCCCCUGCCCAGCCUGCUGCCUCCUCCACCUUGGCUGCUGCCUUCUCCACCCAGCCUGCUCCCUCCUCCCAGGCUGUUGUCUCAACUCUGACUGCUGCCUCUUCCACCUUGGCUGCUGCAUCCUUCACCCAGCCUGCUGCCUCUUCCACCUUGGCUGCUGCCUCGUCCACCCAGGCUGUUGUCUCAACCCUGACUGCUGCCUCUUCCACCUUGGCUGCUGCGUCCUUCACCCAGCCUGCUGCCUCCUCCACCUUGGCCGCUGCCUCGUCCACCCAGGCUGUUGCCUCAACCCUGACUGCUGCCUCCUCCAUGCCAGGUGCCUCAGCAUCUUCCGACGAGUCUGUGGCUUUGGAUAGCUCUGGUUUGCCAGGCAUGGACAGAGUCGACAGCCUUGCAGAGUGUCUUGUGGAGCUUAGGAACCAGCCCUCUCUGGCCCUCACCAACCAGCAGGUGAGCAAUAUUGUUGCUCUUUGGCAGAACCUGCUGGACUAUGACAAGCAGAGGGUGGUGUUUGCUGCCAGAUACCAGAGCAAGCUGGACACCGGGAGGUUCAGGUCCCCCAAGAAGAGGCAGGAGUUCACUCCAGGGGUGGAGAGUGUGAAGAGGCACGCACUCACCACCACUGCCCCACUUGCCCAGUGGCCAGAUUGUUGUCGCCUGAUUGAGACAAUUUUUGUCAGGCUCUGUGCCAUCCAUAAAAGUCCCAAGAAGAAGGGGACUGGCACAGUGUCCAGAUGGGACCUCAUCCUGGGGGACUACAGGAAAAUCAGGCAGCGCAUUCUGGCCAAUGCGACUGUUAUGCAGCAGACCACCCUGCAGCUGGUGGACGUGAGCCAUACCACCUUGGUUCAGUGGCACAACAGGAGGGUAAAAAGACAGGACAGUGCAGUAUUGAUGCAAGGGCUGCAUCUGCCUAGCCAGUUGUCUGUGGCGGCUGACCCUCUACUCCCUGCCAAUGUGCGCCCCCCAUCUGCACCCCCCCAGUCAGGUCCGGCUCACCAAUACCACCUGCCCAGUAGCACUGUGGGCCAGGCACAGGUGAAGAGGAAGAGGAACAUCACUUCAGCCCCAGGGGUUUUGUCACCGCCAGCUGAGAAACCUCAAACCCAGCGGCAACUCUUCCCUGCUCCACCCCCAGGUGCUCAACUGGUGAUGCUGACGCCAAUGGCCUCACAGGGACUCACAGGGCCUGUCCUGGUUGCUGCUCCACAGGCUCUCAGGGUCAGCCUUUCCUCUGCCCCUCCUGCUCCUGCUGCUGCUCCGCCAGUUCGAAAACUGACCCGUCAUGUGCCGCACAACACAUGCAAGAAAUGCGGGCAGUUUAGGACAGCUGAGACUGGGCAUAGCCAAUACAAAGGUGUUGUAUACUGCCCCUCCGUAGAGACAGUUAACAAGGAGCAGUGGUUGGAGGAAAUAAAAAAAAAGAAAUAAAAAAACCUCUUAUUUAUGUGUAUAGUUCUUUUUCUUUUCUUUUCUUUUUUUUUUUUUUUGCACUUGCAAAGACUUAACAAGAGCCAUGGACACUGGAGAGUUUUAUUUAUGUGUAUAUAGUUCUGAUUUUUUCUGUUCUUUUGCACUGGCAAAUAAUGCACAAGAAUCAUGGACAUUGUAAAUAUUUUUUAUGUGUAUAGUUCUGUUUUUCUAUUCUUUUGCACUUGCAAAAACAUGCACACGAGCCAUGGACAUUUUAAAGUUUUAUUUAUGUGUAUAGUUCUGUUUUUUUUAUGUUCUUUUGCACUUGCAAAAAAUGCACAAGAGCCAUGAACAUUUUUAAGUUUUAUUUAUGUGUAUAGUUCUGCUUUCUGUUUUGUUGCACAUGCAAAAUAAUGACUAAAACAAUUAAAAUGUGAAAGAAUCAAGAAAUUAAUAAAUGAUUGGCCAUGUAUGAUUGACAAUAAAAGUUUGGUUAUGAUUAAAUAA